UUCCUGGGGGAGAGAAGACAGGUCUGUGUUGUCUGACUUUACACACACGCACACUCAUACGCUCUUGGGAUGAGGUUCGAGGAGGUGCUGGACGAAGUGGGUGGCUUCUCCAAGUUUCAGUUCCUGGUGCUCCACUUGCUCUGCUUGCCCAGGGUAAUCCUCCCCCUCCACUUUCUCCUGCACAACUUCAUCUCAGGUGUGCCUCCGCACCACUGCGCCCUCGGGAUCCCUGGAGAUGGAUCCGAAACCCUGGCCGACCCCAUGACAUUGGCCCUCAGGGUCCCUCGUGAAGCCGACGGCUCCUUCAGCUCCUGCAGGGCCUUUGCCACUCCGGUGACCCUUGACAUUGGCCACUCCAACUACACCAAUGUGUCCAUGUCGGUGCCUUGCCAGGACGGCUGGGUGUACGACCGCUCCCAGUUCACAUCCACCACUGCCACCCAGUGGGAUUUGGUGUGUGACAGUAAGAAAUUAAACCAGGCCGUUGCUACUUUCUUUUUCAUUGGAGUCACAAUCGGUGCAGUUAUAUUUGGAUACCUCUCAGAUAAAUUUGGUCGGAAGCCCAUGAUCCUAGUGUCCUUCGUGGCCAGUGCCGUGUUCGGAACAAUGUCCGCCUUCUCUGUCUCUUACGUCAUGUUUGCCGUGACCAGGACCCUCUGUGGAGUCGCACUGACGGGAAUGACCAUUACCACUCUUGCCCUGAGUAUAGAGUGGACGGACAUUAAGCAUCGCACCUUCACAGGGACCAUUAUCAGUCUGGGCUGGAGUGUGGGCAAUAUGCUCCUGGCCCUCCUGGCAUACUUCAUACGGGACUGGAGAUACCUCAUGCUGGUGGUGACGUCCCCCUGCAUCGCUGCCAUCAUCUCCUGGUGGUGGAUACCAGAGUCUGCCAGAUGGCUACUGGCCAAUGGCAAAGUGAAGGAGGCAAAGAAGUAUUUGGUGCAGUGUGCCAUAAUGAAUGGGAAGUAUGGUUACGCUGCAAAACUAGACACUGAGACUUUGAGGAAGGUAACUGUUUCUGAGGUUGCCAAUAAGGACUAUUCCUACUUGGAUCUGGUCAAGACACCCAAGCUCAGGAAAAUCACUAUUUGCUCAGGAAUAUUCUGGUUUGCUGUGUCGUUCGCAUACUAUGGGAUCAGCUUUAAGAUUACAGGGUUUGGUCUGAACAUGUACCUCACUCACUUUGUCUACGGCGCAAUUGAAGUCCCAGCCAAAGUGGGGGCCUACUUCGCCUUGGAUCGCAUUGGCCGAAGAAAUGGCCAGGCAUGGUCUCUCAUCAUAACGGGAGCGCUGAUAGCUCUCAAUACCGCUAUCCCCAUAGAAAAUGCCCUGGUUCGCACUUGCAUAGCUGUGGUGGGGAAGGGUUUCUCAGAAGUUGCUUUCACUACAGCUUUUCUCUACACAGCGGAGCUCUAUCCCACCGUUCUCAGACAGUGUGGUUUAGGUUACACCUCCUUCAUCGGGCGUAUGGGGGGCUCACUGGUCCCCAUGGUCAUGCUGCUGGAGGACUAUUGGGUGUUCACGCCCCCACUUAUCUUCGCUGCCACCGCCAUUGGCAGUGGCUGUGUGGUCUUCCUGCUGCCCGAGACCAUGAAUCUGUGUCUUCCGGAAAACAUCCUCGACGUAGAGGAGGGAAGGCAUAAGCGCACAUCUAGAAAUGAUGCCAUGGUUGAGUUGAAUGAAAUAAACUCACUACCGGUAGCUUCAGCAUGAGAUAACUCCUAAGGCUGCUGCUGGUCAUUCAAAUCCAGUACCAAGUCCUGACCUGAAAGCUCCCCAAACUUCUGAAUUGGAAAAAAUUAUUUCCUACAAUGGUCAUAUCCUAAAAAUGUUAGAAUGAUGGAUAUUUUCCACUAUAUCAUGUAUCAUGCAUGUCACUAUUGUAUAUGUCACUAUUGUAUUGUCUAUAUUAAUUAGAUGUGUAACUCAUGUACAGUUGAAGUCGGAAGUUCACAUACACCUUAGCCAAAUACAUUUAAACUGAGUUUUUCACAAUUGCUGACAUUUAAUCCAAGUAAAAACUCCCUGUCUUAGGUUAAAUAGGAUCACCACUUUAUUUUAAGAAUGUGAAAUGUCAGAAUAAUAGUAGAGAGAAUGAUUUAUUUUAGAUUUGAUUUCUUUCAUCACAUUCCCAGUGGGUCAGAAGUUUACAUACAGUGGGGAGAACAAGUAUUUGAUACACUGCCGAUUUUGUAGGUUUUCCUACUUACAAAGCAUGUAGAGGUCUGUAAUUUGUAUCAUAGGUACACUUCAACUGUGAGAGACGGAAUUAAAAAUCCAGAAAAUCACAUUGUAUGAUUUUUAAGUAAUUAAUUAGCAUUUUUUUAUUGCAUUCAUUAGUAUUUGAUAAAAUACUUAUGUCAUCAAGAAAAGCAGAACUUAAUAUUUGGGACAGAAACCUUUGUUUGCAAUUACAGAGAUCAUACGUUUCCUGUAGUUCUUGACCAGGUUUGCACACACUGCAGCAGGGAUUUUGUCCCACUCCUCCAUACAGACCUUCUGCAGAUCCUUCAGGUUUCGGGGUUGUCGCUGGGCAAUACAGACUUUCAGCUCCCUCCAAAGAUUUUCUAUUGGGUUCAGGUCUGGAGACUGGCUAGGCCACUCCUGGACCUUGAGAUGCUUCUUACGGAGCCACUCCUUAGUUGCCCUGGCUGUGUGUUUCGGGUCGUUGUCAUGCUGGAAGACACAGCCACGACCCAUCUUCAAUGCUCUUACUGAGGGAAGAAGGUUGUUGGCCAAGAUCUCGCAAUACAUGGCCCCAUCCAUCCUCCCCUCAAUAUAGUGCAGUCGUCCUGUCCCCUUUGCAGAAAAGCAUCCCAAUGCUUCACGGUUGGGAUGGUGUUCUUGGGAAUGUACUCAUCCUUCUUUGUACUCAUCCUUCUUCCUCCUCCAAACACGGCGAGUGGAGCCUUGCAAGCCUCUCCCUUUUUCCUCCAAACAUAACAAUGGUCAUUAUGGCCAAACAGUUAUAUUUUUGUUUCAUCAGACCAGAGGACAUUUCUCCAAAAAGUACAACCUUCGUCCCCAUGUGCAGUUACAAACCGUAAUCUGACUUUUUUAUGGCGGUUUUGGAGCAUUGGCUUCUUCCUUGCUGAGCGCCUAUCAGGUUAUAAUGAUAUAGGACUCGUUUUACUGUGGAUAUAGAUACUUUUGUACCUGUUUCCUCCAGCAUCUUCACAAGGUCCUUUGCUGUUGUCUGGGAUUGAUUUGCACUUUUCGCACCAAAGUACGUUCAUCUCUAGGAGACAGAAUGUGUCUCCUUCCUGAGCGGUAUGACGGCUGUGUGGUCCCAUGGUGUUUAUACUUGCGUACUAUUGUUUGUACACAUGAACGUGGUACCUUCAGGCAUUUGGAAAUUGCUCCCAAGGAUGAACCAUACUUGUGGAGGUCUACAAUUUUAUCCUGAGGUUUUGGCUGAUUUCUUUAGAUUUUCCCAUGAUGUCAAGCAAAGGCCUUGAAAUACAUCCACAGGUACACCUCCAAUUGACUCAAAUGAUGUCAAUUAGCCUAUCAAGCUUCUUAAGCCAUGACAUAAUUUUCUGGAAUUUUCCAAGCUGUUUAAAGGCACAGUCAACUUAGUGUAUGUAAACUUCUGACCCACUGUAAUUGUGAUACAGUGAAUUAUAAGUGAAAUAAUCUGUCUGUAAACAAUAGUUGGAAAAAUGACUCUUGUCAUGCACAAAGUAGAUGUGCUAACCGACUUGCCAAAACUAUAGUUUGUUAAACAAGAAAAUUGUGGAGUGAUUGAAAAACAAGUUUUAAUGACUUCAGCCUAAGUGUAUGUAAACUUCUGACUUCAUCUGUAUGUCAUGCCUUUGUAACAAACCAUUGUACUUGGUCAUGAUGUAAUCCACCUUUUUUUUGAC